CAAUAAUCUCUGAUAGAUCAGGAGAGAAUAUCAACAUGCGGACUUUGGAGGCCAGGUCAGGCCUGGCCCUCAGGAAUCUUACAUGGGAUUAAUUCAAUGGUUUUUUUAAGAUGUAGGCUCGAGCUUGUACUUGUAUGUGCCAAAGAUGUACAUCAGCUUGGCUGUAGUAAGGACAGGCACGCAUCUGUACUUCGCUACGUUUUAUUCAAAAAUUAGACCUCGCAGCCUUGGAGAUCUAAGUUUUACAGCUCACGAAGUGCAUUAUUUCAUUCUGUUAUCUCGGCGAAGGCGGACGAUAUUCUUACCCAGAUCACCGAACCCGAGGAAAUGCGCUCUACUAAGCGAUGCUCGAGUCAUUCGUCUGAGAUUGUUGAAGAUGUUUAGGGGCGGCAACCUAGGAUCGCUUUUUCACCCUCCCUUCCUGCCUGUUGAAAUCCUCUUCGACCGCUGCUGCUGCGCUAGCACAUUAAGUCGCAUAUUUGGGACGCAGCGUUCUCUCUUGCUUGGAUUUUCUACCGCCUGCCGUCGUCGGAUGCCAUGCUGCAGCUCGUCAUUAGAUCCGCACCUCAUUCAUCCGCUAUUUCUUCUUCUCUUUCUUCUCUUUUUCUUCUUUCCGAAGCGUCUAUCUAAUCCGGCCAAUUCUCUCUUGUGGUCUCUGGGUUGUUGUGUACACUUGGUUUUAAUUCAGUGACUUCUUGGACGGUGAGCGGUCGUAAAUCUACAUGCGAAGAUCUGGUUACUCUACGGUAAUCUCUCGCAAAUUUAUCCUAGGAGUAUUUGCUUACUUGAUCGUGAGGUGCGUACUUAGUCGAAUCAUUCUUAAUAGAAACUAGAAUGUGUCAAAAUUGCC